CCGGGCUCAGAACCCCGCCCCGCCCCGCCCCGGCGCCCGGACGGAGGAAGCCAGGGAGACCCCGAACCCGGGACGGAAGCCGCAGCCUCCCUGCUUGCCUCCAGUUUUCCCACCAGACGGGAAAAGCGAGAGGCUCAGAGGCCUUGUUCGAGUGGCGGGGGCCUCCGGGGCGGGGGGGACACUGGGUUCCCUCAGUUGUUUGUUUGUUUGUUUUCCACUGACAUGGAGGGAGGCCACCUUCAGUGUCCCGCCCUGAAGUUGCCCGAGGACUUCCAGGAGGAGGCAGCUGCCCCUCGAGUGCCUCCCCUAGAGUCUUGUGAACCGGAAGCAGACCAACUGUGGCUGGUGGCCGGCUGGUUUCCGAACCCUCGGAAGCUUUAAAUGCACCCUGGCUCCGGCUCUAUGGAUCUGGCCUCGCUUCUCCUGCCACUUCCCCUCUCCCCACUCCCAAGGCUUUGCCGUCCUCCUCUGGGUCCUCAAACACCUCCUCCUCCCUCCUCCCUCCUCCCUCACUGUCUUCCUCCUUUCUCUCCAUCGUUACCCCUCCCUUCCCCCCACUUUCCGUUCUCUCCCUUUCUCCCCGGCCUUCAGCCUCCUCAUCCUCUCUGUCUCCUCUUUCAUCGCCCUGCCCAUACUCCUCUUCCUUGCACUGCCUCCUCCCUUUCUUAGGUUCCUUGCAUAAGGAUCCUGCGCGUUCCCCAUGGCCCCCAACCCUGAUGGCCUGACACAGGCCUGUCACCCAGGUCCUCGUUGGCAUUCCCGGCCCGCAGAUCCAAGUCCGGUCCAAGAGCCGGACCAUGAGUAUCAAGACGAUGUCCCCGACCCGGGUAGAGAUUCACCUGCCCGCCCUGCUCGCCGCAGCCCCCCCCCCCUUCCCAGGCUGCCUCGCUCAGUGACGUCAACACCCAGUCCCGCAUCCCGACGCCCGCACCCAGGCCCGCGCUGCGCAUCUUCGGCCAUGGCUGCGGUAGCGGUGCCGCUGCUGUUAUUGCUGGCGUCACCGGUCACCGCAACCCCGGCGCGCGACCCCUUCGCUCCGCAGCUCGGGGACACUGAGAGGUGCCAGCAGCGGUGUCGACUGCGCCACCCUGGCUUGCCGCCUGCGCAGACUGGGCCAGAGGGUCCCUCAGCGUCCCGGAAUAACAAGGCCAUCCUGAUCAGUGCUUGCGAGCGUGGCUGCCGGCUUCUCUCCAUCUGCCGCUUCGUGGCCAGGAGCUCUAGGCCCAAUGCCACAGAGACAGAAUGUGAAGCCGCCUGCACCGAGGCUUACAUGAAGCUGACGGAGCAGCGGGCCUGCAGCGAGGGGUGCUGGGGCCAGAUCGCCGAACCUGAGACCCAGCUGGAGCAGAAGGACUUGGCUUUGGAUUCGCCCAGGGGGAGCCUCUCCCUGCGGGACUUGUUUUCCAUGCUCUACAGUGACCUGAUGAGUUCCGCCCAGGGCUUUCUAUCCUCCACCUGGACAUACUCCCUUCAGACAGACAACAGGAAAGUGGUGGUGUUCCAGACUCAGCCUGUAGUAGAGAACUUUGCACUCCAAGGGAGCCAUCUGCAGCAAGUGGAGGUGACCUGGAAGGGGGCCCACCCCAAGGCCACCCUAGAGGUGCUCAUGGACCCUGUAGGCCGCUUGGACAAAGUGAGGAGGGCUAAGCCCCGAGGGAAGAUCGGCAAAGCCAAGGUGGAGUCUGAGGACCAACCGGAGAGUGACUUCCUCAGUUGCAUGUCCCGGCGCUCCGGGCUGCCUCGGUGGGUCCUGGUCUGCUGUCUCUUCCUGUCCAUCCUGAUCAUGCUCUGGCUGAGUUGCUGCACUCUGGGCGCCGCACCGGGCCAGCGCCCCAAGCUGCAGCCUGUAACUGCAGACCAGCACACGAGCCUCCUGGUAGACUCUGACUGGCCCGGGUACCCACCCCCACCGCCUGCCUAUGAGGACGUCAUCACACAUUACAAGUUGAAGCUUGAUUUGACCACACUGUAAUCUCCAGCCUAUUGCCAAGUGCAGGGGCUUCUCCACAGCUGUACCCCAAAGUCUGGGGUCAGGGUGGGGGCCAACCUUGGGCUUAUCCAUCCCUAGUCUUCCCUCCCUCUCUUCCCGGGACAUCCCUCAGUCCCCUUGAGACUAAGGGACUUAGUGGAUGAGAGAGGAGGGUGUGGCCUCCCGCGCCCUCCCAGCCCCCCAUUUGCUUUCCCAGGGGCCGGCUCUUUGGCAUCCCUCACAUGUUCUGAGUACGGAGCCUCAUCUGUGUUGCUUUCUUUUUCUUUCUCUGUGUCCUCGCUGUGGGGCUGAGAUCUCAGGGGUUCCCCUCUGCUAAAUUUCUUCCCCUUUGUCUCUGGAGACCCAACCCCACAAGGACAGAGCGGUGGAAAUCUCCUCCGGGAAGGAGAUAAGGAGAAAUAAACGUUUAAAUAAAGCGAA